AUGAUGGAUGAUAGAUCCAGUAAGCUCAUCUUGGUGCCUAUCUUAGCAGUCCUUUUUGUUAUGAUAGGCUACCAGUACAUAUGCCCCGCUGGCAGCAAUUCGUGCCACUUUAAAGCUGAGGAGAAAUUAAGUGGUGUAAGCCUACUUUCCAUCCCGUACCAGGACAGCGAUGAUUUCUACAGAGAUCAAGACCUGGAGGAUGACAGCCCUCCUAAACUACCGUCAAAAUUCAACUUCACGGAAAGAGACCUUGACAGACACGUGGAGUUCAACAUCAAAGGGGACGGCGUGAUAGUGUUUUUGCACAUCCAGAAGACCGGAGGAACCACUUUCGGGAGGCACUUGGUGAGGAAUAUUCACUUGGAGCAGCCGUGCGACUGCAAACCAGGACAGAAGAAAUGCACAUGUCACCGACCAGGGAAAGAGGAGUCCUGGCUCUUCUCCCGGUUUUCUACCGGCUGGAGCUGCGGCCUGCAUGCAGACUGGACCGAGCUGACGAACUGUGUACCUGUCAUUAUGGAUAAGAAGGAGGCCCAGAGGAAUAAAAGGAACUUCUAUUACAUCACCAUGCUGCGAGACCCAGUCUCCCGCUACCUGAGCGAGUGGAAGCACGUCCAGCGCGGAGCCACGUGGAAGACGGCCCUCCAUAUGUGUGACGGGCGCUCGCCCACCCAGGACGAGCUGCCCAACUGUUACAUCGGAGAUGACUGGUCCGGGGUCACCCUGACAGAGUUCAUGAACUGCCCGUCCAAUCUGGCAAAUAAUCGACAGGUCCGCAUGCUGGCUGACCUGAGCCUGGUGGGCUGCUACAACCUGUCCUCUAUGAACGAGAGCCAGCGGAACCACAUCCUUCUGAGCAGCGCCAUGAGCAACCUGAAGAACAUGGCUUUCUACGGCCUGACCGAGUUUCAACGCAAGACCCAGUACAUGUUUGAGCGGACGUUCAGCCUGCGCUUCAUCGCCGCUUUCACGCAGAUCAACAGCACGCGAGCCGCCAACGUGGACCUGAGCGAGCCCGUGCGCAGACGCAUCGAGGAGCUCAACUAUUUGGAUGUGCAGUUGUACGAGUAUGCGAAGGACCUGUUCCUCCAGCGAUUCCAAUUCACCCGCCAGAGAGAGCACCAGGAGGUGCGCUUGAAGAGGCGCGAAGAGAGGCGUUGGCUGAGGGAGCAAAAAGAGCAAGGGAGGCCAUGGCCACCCAAAAACAAAGGGGGAGGAAAUGCAGAUGGGAGAAGGGGAGGAGGGUUAGAGAAAGGGACUGAUGAGUUCCCCACCACCACGGAGGACUACACAAGCCAGGUGGCCCGUUGGUGAGGCUGUGGUCUUAAAAGAGAGGAGCAGGAGAGAGAUUCCUCACAUACUUUUAAAGCAUUUAAAGCUUAGACUCUCUCUCACACAUCCAGUGUUUCUCUCUCUUUGUCUCACCAAUUAUCUGUCUCAUGCAUCUGUCUGUUUUUCAGCUUCAGUGUGAUCCAAGUGCUCUGCUGUUUCUUUAUGAAAACUGCCAAGUCUGUGCGUCUCACAGCAGCUCUGCCUUGGAGUGCCCUUUGGUGUCUUAAAUCUUUAAAUGCUGUUUAUAGAUUUUAAUUUUUGCCUUGAUUUCUUUUAUCAUGUGUUGAAUAAGACGUUAAACUGAGGUGAAAGAAGAAGAAAAAAACAAUCAAAAGAAGUUGCCAUAGAUUGCAUUGCUUUUCAUUUGGAGAUUCAAAAGCAAAACUAAGGAGUGUCAUGAAGUAUUUGUUGCACCUGGUAAAAGACAUAUUCCUUUUGAAAUAUGUUGUUGUAGAAGAAGUCAUGGUUGCAUGUCAUAUGUCCACAAUGUACUGAUAAUUGGGGAGGGUGACUUCCAAAAGAUAUGCAGUACUGCGAGCCAAAGUUGAUUAAAAACACCAUGUAUUCAUUGUAUUUUUAUUCAAUGACGAUGAAACCCUCUCUAAAGACUUUGUUGUAUGCAUGCGAAACCCAUAUUUUUAACCAAAUUACAGAAGACUAUAUCUAAUUGUUAUAUUUUGGUUACAGUUCAAUAUAUAUUGAUUUCCUCAAGUGCAAUACCUUGUUAACUUUACCACCCAGAGAUAACAUGUGCUGUAAAACAAUGUAAAUCACACAAAGAGUCACAAAGACUCAUGCUAAGCAGAAUUACUUUAGUCCCCGUACCUUAGCUAGAAAAUGUUGGGUUUUUUACAUGAGAAAAGAAAAGAGCGUAUUCAGUGAAUAAUUCAAGAAGUAGGUGGUAGAGAUAAAAAGUUGGUAUAUAGUACAGGUGAUGAAAUGUGUCAGUGUGGCUGGUGUGUGGCCAGACUGUGAAUGAGAUGAUCAGCAUUCCGCUCUCACGCCCCUCCCCGUCACACUGGCUGCUUUUACGUGUUUGUAGAACUGACGGCAACUGCACUGUGGGCAGCGAGAGCGCUUUAAUGCCAGCAGAGCCCCAGCCCACAAACACCAGCCUCAGAGCAGGGAGUCUGUCAUUUCUUCUGCCCGAUCGUUUCCAGUCCCUCCAAUCCAAUCAGCGAGCCAAUAUGUGAAAAAUAAAAGAGGGCUUGUUUUUAUCUGCUUAAAUAGACUUCAGUGAUGCUUUUUAUGCCUCUCAUCUCAUAUUCACUCAAAACCCCUGCUUGUCAAAUUAAACGCUCACUAAAUGUCAACACUGAGGUGGUACGGCUGCUGAUAUUUUAACAGUCAUUCUUCAUGUUGCUUCUUUUAUUGCCGUUAAUAUGAAAUACCUCGGCUGGCACAGGUUUGUUUCAGUUUAGAGAAUCACUGUUGUCAUGUUUGAGUGAUUCAUUCCGAUUGUUCACUGAAUGUGGUGAAUUAAUACAGGUUUGAGCUGUAAGGGUCUGUAUGGGUGCACUUACUUCAGUGAGAGUGUGGAUGGGUGGAAGAGAACAAAAACAAGGUGUAUAGCACAUUGAUAACUCUCAGCCAAGUGUUUCAAGUGGAGCUGCAGCUCUGAAUAUUAAAUCAUUCUGUGUUGAAUUAAUAACUGAAUUCAUGAAGCUUGUGUUGUAGCAGUGAAAUAGAUUUGUGACAAAAAUAAAUGUUCAAAUUAUUGAGAAAGGCUCAUUUUAGAUAUUUGUGUCUCAGUGCUACUUUAUGUCCAAAACUCCACUACAUUCAUUUGAUUAUGUGACAAUCGGUGCAACAUUAGAUGUAGGUGAAACAUAAACAAUGAUCCAAUGACAUUAAACACAAUUAAACUAUCCUGAUAUAUAACAUCCACAUCUAUGACUUAAUAAACAGCAGUGGCUCAGUCAGUAGGGGCUUGGACUGGGAACCGUAGGGUCGCCGAUUCAAGUCCCCGAACAGACUUGAAAUAUGGAAAGUGGACUGGUACUUGGAGAGGUCCCAGUUCACCUCCUAGGCCCUGCUGUGGUGCCCUUGAGCAAGGCACCGGACACCUCCAAUCCCCUAGGAUGGGUUAAAUGCAGAGGACCAAUUUCACUGUGUGUGCUCUGCUGUGUGCAUGUAUGUGACUAAUAAAGAGGGUUCUAAACAAGAAUCAAAGUGUUCGAGGGUGGGGGAAAAGGAUGUAUCUUUACCAAAACUAUAAACAAAAACUCCUGCUUCAUCAAGACUGUAUGGUAGUGGUUUGGUCCAAAGUUCAUCAAUGAAACAUAAUCAAAACAACUCGAUAUCUACACUGAUUUCAAAUUCCUACUUAAAUACAGAUUUCUAAGAUCCUGUUUACCACAGUAAUUGGCUAAUUAAGUUAUUAUUAUUGCUUAUACUUGAGUAUUUCAACAUAGGCCUUUAUCAAUCAAGACAUUUUUGAUGUUAACGCUCGGAAAAGCACAGCUGUAAAUAUUUUAAGAAAUGAUGGCUGAAUUUCAUUGAGCUUCAGGUUUUGGGUCCCCAUUUUGUCAUUGUUUUUGUUUUAUCAUAAGUAUCAGAAAGGAAUCUGAAAGGUAUCUAAGCUUUUCUUUAACCACAGACAACAUAUAUGCAGUAAUGAUAAUCCCAUUAAACUGGGAGAAUUUAUUUUCUAACUGGUAAUUUUCAGCAGAACAUUUAUUUUGAAGAUGUCUUUUAAUAAACCAACAUGCUGUAGGAAUUACAAUGUUCCCAAGUGACAGAUGGCAUGAGCACUGCAGGAGCUGUACGUGUGCUGUACAGCUAUUAAUGAAACACUUUCAGAAAACUAUGCUGUAAAUGCGCUAUAUACCCAUGUUUGUGUGAGUGUGUAUGGUUAUCUUGUCUACGAUCAUGUUAGUUUUUUUGUUAUCGUUAUCAUUAACACCUGUGUUGUGCUGCCUUAAAGCCUCCGAUACAGCAUACAGACUGAUCACCUAAACACUAGAGAUUCACUUGAGAGACAAAGAGCAAAGAAAGGAACUGAAAAGGUUCAAAAUGUAAAUAGCAUCUGUUGUGUUUAUGUGUAAUAAAGCUACUGUGACACCACAGAGAUCAAUGAAGAAGAAGAAGAAGAAGUACCACAUCUCAAUCAGCUGUAACACCUGCAGAUACGGGUUGCCUUGGAGACGGUAACUGCUGAGUGACUCCUCCGUUCAUUAAGCACAAAUUGAGAUAAUUUUUGUUUAUUACUUAAAGAGGGUCCUAUCUCCUAAUCUUAACACAGUGUGACAGAGUGGACUCUGCCGAACAAGUUGUCGCAUAAUAUUUUAAUAGUGUCUGAGUGAGGAAAAUGGCAACCUAACGUUGUUUUAUUUUAUCAGCAUUAACAUCGUACAGUUCAUGUCCAUGCAGUGAAAAUAAUAGAAAAAUUGUGAUCACUGCAUUAGGGUUUCUGCUAAUGGCAUCAAGAAAAACAUCUCUCAUUUACAGUUAGCAAGGCUGCUCCACCUCUCCUCUCAUCAUCCAAAAAGAAGGGCAAACAGGAAGUGACUUAUUGUGUUUUAUUCUGUCUGUAAGCCAUAGUACUGAUGCUACAUAUGUAGGGUUUCUACCUAAAAUAUCUUAAUGGUGUUAUGUAGGUUUAAAAACUUCAAUAAAGCCUGCCAAAGACAGAUUAUUCUACAAUUUAAGUUCAGCAAAAAAAAAAAGAAUUGUCUGCCAUAAGGACAUUACAAAUACAACAUUUUUUAUUCAUCCUCAAUGAGCUGAAAAUGUUGAACAUAGAAGAAAAAAAGUGUUGCUGUUGCCCGGUAAUCUCAUCCAUUAGGAUACAUUAAAGACGUUUACUGUACAUGCCAUGCCACAGCAUAUUCAACAACAUAUGUAAACAGAACACUGGCGUUUAAUGGCUAAACGUCAGUCGUAAACUCAUGAACAAUUUUGGAGGAGUCAGAGUCUUUUAAAUUCUCAGUCACCGUUGCCAGUUUCUACUUUUAUUUUUCUGUCAGCUGCUGCUUAUUCCCUGUGGAAACAGAAGAUGAAUAAGACAUUUAAACUGCAAAAUGGUUAUAAAUAAAACAACCGUACACUGCUUGAUUUUUGGCUUAUUAUUUCUGUGACAUCUUAAUACAUAUUUUCACAAUAUGAUGUCCUAAAAAGGCUUUCCACCCAUCUGCAAAUGGGAAAAGAAAAAACUCUAAAUCUGUUAAACCAGUGUGUAAAUAAAGGAUUUUCACUCAAAAUUUAAGUGACGUUUUCAUAAAAGUGUGACAUGCUGCUAUAUUAUUGAACUUGUACUGCCACAACACUGAGAAGAUGAUUUAUCUACAUUUAUUUGUUCAUUUAUAUAGUUUUAACUGUUGGUAAAGAACGGCUUUGCCUGAUGGGAAAUACCAGUAUUACCAACACCUCAGUGAUGAUGGAAGACAACUUUCUUAGUGUAAGAAUUUAUAUGUACUUGUUAAAAGUCUUGUGAUGAAAUGAACGGUCUAAGAGCCCUUUGGCGUGUAAUAUUUAAUCUGCCAUUUUGUCAGACCUGAAAAAAUGAGUGAAUUCUGUUUAUAAUAUCAGAAUAAAUGCAUUGAAUGGCCAUGACAUUAUGGUGUGUUUUUUUUAUAUUUUACAACUACACUACUUGAGGUUUUGCAAGAAUAUAUAUUAUCCAAAACAGAUUUUUGAAAUUGGUUGUGAAACAUCUCAAUGUAAACUUAAGGUGUAUGUAUACUCUGUAUAGAGUGUGAUAUUCACAGUUGCAUUUAUAAAACCCAAUUAAAAGUUAUC